CCCCCACGCCUAUACUGUAUCGUGGCUGCUACGUCACGACGCCCACGCCUGCGCUGUGGCUCUCCACCCCAUCAUGGCGGAACAGGCGGCGAAGGCUGAGAGUGGAGGAGGCGGGGAGGGAGGAGGCCAGAAGGUGGCCGAAGCUCAGCACUUAGUGAACGGCGGCCCGCUGGAGAAGGACGACGAGGUGGCUGAGGAAAGCAUCAAAAAGAAAAAGAAGAAGAAAAAGAAGGGCAAGGGAGGCCAAAAUGAAUACGAAAAGGAAUCUGUGGGAGUUGAUGAUGUAACAAAACAGCUGGAAAAGCAGAUGCUUGAAGACAAGGAGAAAGAAGAAGAAGGUGAAGAAGAGGGAGAUGGUGAAGGUGAAAGUUCCACAGCCAAGAAAAAGAAAAAGAAGAAAAAGAAGAAAGGACCAAAAGUUCAGACCGAUCCUCCUUCCAUUCCCAUUUGUGAGUUGUUUCCUUCUGGUGUAUAUCUUAAAGGACAGGAAUGUGAAUAUCCACCAUUACAGGAUGGGCGUACUUCUGCUUGGCGCAUGACUAGUGAGCAAAAGAAGGCAUUAAAUCAGGCCAGCGAGGAGAUCUGGAAUGAUUUUAGACAAGCAGCUGAAGCUCACAGACAAGUUCGAAAAUAUGUUAGGAGCUGGCUCAAGCCGGGGAUGACCAUGAUAGAGAUCUGUGAAAAGCUUGAAGAUUGCUCCCGUAAGUUGAUCAAAGAAGAUGGACUGAAUGCUGGGUUGGCGUUUCCAACAGGCUGCUCACUGAACAACUGUGCAGCCCACUACACACCGAAUGCAGGAGACCCAACUGUCCUACAGUAUGAUGAUGUGUGCAAAAUUGAUUUUGGAACCCACAUCAAUGGCCAUAUUAUUGACUGCGCUUUCACAGUUGCUUUUAACCCCAAAUAUGACAAGCUUAUAGAAGCUGUUAGAGAUGCCACUAAUACUGGUAUCAAGAAUGCAGGAAUUGAUGUUCGCCUGUGUGACAUUGGGGAAUCCAUUCAGGAAGUCAUGGAAUCUUAUGAAGUAGAAAUUGAUGGCAAAACAUACCAAGUAAAACCAAUCCGCAACCUAAAUGGACAUUCUAUUGGACAAUACAGAAUACAUGCAGGGAAAACAGUUCCAAUUGUCAAAGGUGGUGAAGCAACCAGAAUGGAGGAAGGAGAAGUAUAUGCAAUAGAGACAUUUGGGAGCACAGGGAAAGGAGUUGUUCACGAUGACAUGGACUGUUCACAUUAUAUGAAGAACUUUGAUGUUGGCCAUGUACCAAUAAGACUUCCACGAGCAAAGCAUCUCCUGAAUGUUAUCAAUGAGAACUUUGGGACACUUGCCUUUUGCCGUCGAUGGCUAGACCGUUUGGGUGAGAGCAAAUACCUCAUGGCCUUGAAGAACCUGUGUGAUCUGGGGAUAGUAGAUCCAUACCCUCCACUGUGUGACAUCAAAGGCUCGUACACAGCACAGUUUGAACACACAAUCUUGCUUCGCCCAACGUGUAAAGAAGUCGUGAGCCGUGGGGACGAUUAUUGACCAUGAACAUCACCUGGCUUUGUUGUGCUGAGAGGCUGUGUGAAUGGUUUCACCUUCAAAGUUCUCCCACCUCUUUGUUUUAGUAAUGGACUGGGUGUUUGCCAUGUUUUAGAGAGGGUGGCAAUAGGGAGAAGGAGCAGCUUGUAUUUCCACCCAUCACACAAAUUUUUAAUAAAACAUUUCUGAUGUCUAGGAACUUUGUUAUAUUGAUGGGAUCUUCUCCUUAACACUGAUGGAUUAAUAGAAUGCAAUUGAAAUACAGGCAUUGGAGCAGAAUAUGAUAUCUCCCCCAUUAAACUGUCUGCUGCUAGAAUGAUUAAAACUGUUAUUUGGUACUGGCAUUUCAGGAGAGUGGGAUGCUGCUUGCUGUAGAAUCUCAACUCUAGCAGAGAGUUCUACUAAUAUUUCCCAGAGGCUGUUAUAAUAUAAUUUAACUGUUGUGUCAGUACCUGCACACUCAAUUGUCUUCUAAAUUUCCUGGCAAAGAAUUUAAUAAAAAUAAAGAUUAACUUC